CGGUAUACACUUUAAGCUUUCCAAUUGGAACGUGUGAUUUGCGAGAGAAGAACACGAUGCCUGAGCCUGCGAAGUCUGCUCCAGCUCCAAAAAAGGGCUCGAAGAAAGCUGUAACAAAGACUCAAAAGAAAGGCGACAAGAAGCGUAGGAAGAGCCGCAAAGAAAGCUAUGCUAUCUAUGUCUACAAGGUGUUGAAGCAGGUGCAUCCAGACACCGGGAUCUCUUCCAAAGCGAUGGGCAUCAUGAACUCUUUUGUGAAUGACAUUUUUGAACGCAUCGCUGGCGAGGCCUCACGUCUGGCGCACUACAACAAGCGCUCGACCAUUACGUCCCGGGAAAUCCAGACCGCAGUCCGCUUGCUUCUUCCAGGAGAGCUGGCCAAACACGCCGUGUCGGAGGGGACCAAAGCCGUCACCAAGUAUACAAGUUCGAAGUGAAAACGUGGGGGAGAAAAAUAAACAUACUCGACAAGAUUUUGGCGGAUGUGCAAGCAGCCCCCGUGGACUCUCGGACAAUUUUCGAAGGCGGCUGAUUCAAACAGUUAUGUACUUUGCAGUUCUACAAAUUUCAUGUUAAUUCUGUUUGAGACUCGCGAGUAUCCUGUUAGCAGAGUCGUACGUUCUGCAUUGAAGUUGAUGUUUAAGUGUAUUUGAAAAGCAACGUAUUGUGUAAUCAAAUUAUUUUAUAUUUUUACAGUUUUUAAAUCAAGCGUUGAAAGUGGUUGACAGCGCAGGGACCGAUUAUCUGUCUUCAAUGUUUCAUACGGUGCGUGUGCAUUACAAGGCACAUGUGAAAGGUGGUUGAUAAAUAAAUAAAUGAUGUCUUUAAAACUUAAA